AUGACACGCACAAAUGUGAACAUCGACGAUCAGGCGUGCGCCGAGGUUAUGCGACGUUAUCACCUCGCUACGAAGCGCGAGGCGAUAAACUUUGCGCUGCGAACGCUUGCUGCCGAACCUAUGUCUAUCGAAGAUGCGCGCGCUUCGAGGGAGUGGCUGGGACGGUGA